UUCCAUGUGCCUUCCUUGCUGGGGGGCGAGUUUGCGCCCCGCUAGAGGAGAGCGCAGCUAUUUUGAAAGUGACCCCUCAUUCAGGCAGCGACUCUGCAGCUGUCAGGAACCAUGACUGAAGAUGACGGAUUCUGUUGUCGUGGAGGGAUACGCCAGACUCAGAGACGGGAAAAAGUGGAAAACUAGGUGGCUCGUGCUCCGCAAACCGUCGCCUGUAGCAGACUGCCUCGUGUUGCUGGUUUUUAAAGACAAAUCAGAGAAGGUUCUCGGCAACAAGGAGAAGGCGAGCAUCACCUUGGAGGAGAUCUGCGGCUUGGAAGCUGGACAGUGGUAUGAGGGUGUGGCUUUUACUCUGACCAUCCUCUGCCUGAAUCAGGCUGUUUUGCUGGGCUUUGACAGCAGGGAGGCCCUGCAGGCAUGGGACGCCCGCCUGCGAUAUAGCCUAGGAGAAGUUCACAGAUUCAGUGUUGGAGUCUUACCAGGGACCAAGUUGGAGAGCGGGCCUGCAACUCUCCAUUUGUGCAACAAUUUGUUGGCUCUUGCUCGGGAUGUCCCUCCUGUUAUUAUUGGCCACUGGAACCUUCCAGACCUGCGUAGAUAUGGACCUGUACCAAAUGGAUUUGUGUUUGAAGGAGGAACAAGAUGUGGCUAUUGGGCUGGUGUUUUUCUGCUCGCAUCUGCUGAGAGCGAGCAGAUCAGCUUUCUAUUCGACUGCAUCGUCAGAGGCAUCUCCCCCACUCGAGGCCCUUUUGGACUGCGGCCCAUUUUGCCAGAUCCCAGUGGCAGCCAGACCACUUCAGAGGAAAAGCUGAACCUCGAGGCCCAGGAGCUAGAGAAACGACUGAGCAUGCUCUCUCAUGGGAGUGGCACAGUCUCUUUGGCUUACUGCCCGUCUGCUGGGGGCGACGACCGCAGCAUUUCUGGUUCUUCUGACACUUCAGACACCAGCCACUCAGACUGCAGCAUUGGCAGCCGGCUGGGAAUUUGGACUGAACCGGCUUCCAACCCACCUGAAAACGUCAGCCACACGGGCGCUAAAGUGCCACUGCAGAUCAGCGAGAAGCUUUCCGCCAACCAGGGAGGUGGACACCGGCCUGCGGCUAAGCCGCCCCGGCAACUUCAGGAAAUCGGUCGUCAGAGCUCAUCAGACAGUGGCAUCGCCACUGGCAGCCAUUCCUCGUACACUGGCAGUUUCUCCUCCUACACAGGCAGUCUGGAUAUGACCCCCGGAGAGGACUUUGGUUCUUUUUUAAGCUUGCCUCCACAUUUGGCUCAAGAUCUCAGCCCUUGCACUUGCCCUGCUGUUCCUGGACAUGACUACCAGGUGCCAACUUCACUUAGGUAUGUCUAUGACACUCCCAGGAGUGUUUUACAGGAAGCAGGUGGAGGUGCCAAAGACAAUGAAGCCUCCGCCGCAACUAAAGACCCUGCAGCCCUUUUAGGGUUCACGGCAGAGGCAGCAAAGCAGGACAAGAGCAGUGCCACAACCCCUGAGGCUCACUCAGAAGCUACUGAAAGUCAGUCAGUCAGUGAACUCUUGCAGGGCCUUUCAGUGACGAAUAAGAAAACCAAGGUGGCACCCUCUAGUGACUCUUGUAAUACCUGCACCUCCCUCACUUCUGUCUCCAAAACCAUCGUGACCAUCUGCUCUGUAUGCGGUGGAGUUAAGGGGAGUCCAUACAGCCCUUGUAGUUCUUCAGUGAUACCUGCCACACCAGAACAUCAUAUUUUCAAUCCAGCAGAUCAAAGUGGUGACAAAUCACCAUGCAGACCCAGUACCAGUGAACACGCUGUUGCGGAGAUGAAAAUUCAGGAGACCUCUCCUGGCUCUGAAAUUGUCCACAGUGCGGAGAUGCCAACUGUGAAGAUGAGUGAGGAGUCACGGCUGCCAAAAAAAGGAAGAGAGAAAUUAGCCUGUCUUUUAGCUGAUCUGCUCGGCUUUCCAGGCACAGAUAGCCAGCCAGAGGCAAAGACACACAGAUUGAACCUGUAUGAGUCAAUGAGCCCUGCUUUUGGUAAUGAGCUUAAUUUGGCAUCAGCAGUACCAUUGCAAGACAAAAGAGCUGUCAUUUAUGAAAACUGUUUGAAGUGUCAAGGAGAGCACUGCCAGCCUCCACCACGGGCGGUGCCCGCUCAAAAGUGGCGCAACAGGAACAUUUCCCCUUUAAAAAGCUUUCCGACUUGGCUGCACCUGAAGAAAAGCCAAGAACAUCCAGCUAAUGAGGAGUUACUGUACCAAGCCCUAAACGAUUCAUCACUGAGCACGGAUGGGCAGUGUUGGUAUGAAGAGAUAAAUGGAUCGACGGUGACCAGUGAAGACAAAAGGCUUAGUAGUAAAGAGGAAAGACGCAGAGCCGAUCCUGCUUAUGAGAUCAUGGAGAGUCGGAUGCUGGAGAGGAACCCAGAGGCACAGGAAAAACACAAGUAUGAACUAAUGGGCAGCUACGGCCAGCAGAGGUUCCUUCAAGAGACUGAAGGGGCUGUGUUUGUGUUCCCCCCAGAGGCUCCGCUUGCUGAAAGACCUCGCGGUGAAGGUGUGACGUAUGUGAAUAUUCCUGUUAGCCCCACGUCCAAGAAGCAGCUCAACUACAUGGAGCUGGAGCUGCAGGAUCCUGUGCACGGCACUAAAGCGGCUGCCGCACAUCUGCCAGCUCAGAGAAAGAGCUCCACCAAGUACGCCCAGAUUGACAUCACUGCCACAGAGAUGGCCCACAAAGUCGGCACGCUGCACGCUCUGGGUCGGCAGGAGGGCCUGCACACUCUGGAGCUGAGAAGAAAGGGGACGCCACAUUGAAUUUUCCUUCACUCAAACGUUGAUCUCAGCAGGAUUUUCUUUCACAACAGCAGAACUACAACAUCAGACUAUAACGUUAGCAAGAAACGUGGCUCUGAAGGCCUUACUGUGGGAUUCCUUCUCUAUUCUGUUCCAUCUUUUGAAUACAGAUAUCUUUGAAAGCAACCUCAGUUUACAGAACCCAGAAUCCCAGAAAAAUGUAUUCCGUCCAAUGUCUACUUUCUUAGAUCGAGACUGUAGUCACAAAGGAGCUGGAAUAUGGAGCUGGCUUUAGAAAGGUUUGGCUCUUAGUCAUGAGAUUUCACAACAUUUUUUUGUGAACUCCAACAUCUCGUUAAAUGGCAUUACGCUGCUCCUCGAGCUCCAGGCUCUCUAGAAGUUGGAUGAGCAAACCCUGGGCUGAGUCAGGGGCCUCACUAAUACCCCAGAGCAAAGGCACUUCACAGCUCACUCAAGCCAUCACUAAUUGUGUGCUGUUUUUGUCCUUGUGUGGGUAAAAAAAGAAAGGUAGGGUGUUGGCAGGAAAGAAAGUGGAAACAGUGUUUGUUCUCACAAGGAGUUCACACACAUUUAUUCCUCAGUAAUCUGUAAUUCCAUAUGUAGUUGCACAUAACUCUUUCUGUGUUUCAAAUUUAGGAAAGCUUACCAGCCGGUCUUACUCAGAGCGAUGCAAAAUUCAGAGUAGCUUGAUGCGUAAAAAAAAAAGAGAGUUUUUGUGUAAAAGUAGCACAAGUACUGUAUUUUCUGGACUAUAGAGUGCACCUGUAUAUAAGCCGCAGAUAUCUUUGUUGAAAAAUUAGAUAUUUACUGCAUUUACAGAACGAUUUUGUACUGUAAAUGUACAUGUAUGUACCUGAACAGAUUCUUUCAGUGCCUUUUAACAGCAGCAACUUAGCUGAUUAAAACGAAACAGAAACAAAAGAAAAUAACAGGUAUUUAUUUACCUUCAUUUCUCCUGUGUUUGAAACCACAAGUCACUUUAAUCAUCUUCGCUAAAACCCAUGAAGUCGUCUUCUUCAGUGUCGGAGUUGAACAGCCUCAGAAGCGCUUCGUCACAUCUGUCUCCAUCAGUCUCCAUCAGUCUCGCUCUUUGUGUCACUGUCAUCCUCCGAUGAAGUUGGCUCUGAAGGUGCGCCGCUCUCUUCGCGUAGCAGUCCAGCCUUUUGGAACCCGUUGGUGAUGGUGGAUUCUUUCACAGCACUCCACGCUGUUAGGAUCCACUGACAGACAUCAGAAAAGGAUGCUUUUCGCAUGUGGCCAGUUUUUUUUUGAAUGACUUCUCACCACUUGUCAUCCAAGUCUCCCACUCAACCCGGAGUGCAGCUUUAAAUGCCCGAUUCACACUGAUGUCAAGUGGCUGCAAAUACUUUGUUGUAGGUUUAGGUCCAGGUUUAGGGCCUGGAUGGCUUGGGGAUAGAAGCUCCUCUUGAGUCUCUCUGUCCUUGCCCAGAUGAUGCGGGACCUUCUACCGGAUUGCAGAAGUUGGAACAGUUUGUUGCCAGGAUGGGACGGGUCCUUCAGUAUCUGCGCUGCUCUAGUCCGGCAUCUCCUGGUGUAGGUGUCCUGAAGUGGGGUGAGAGCAAUCCUGCAGCAGCGUUCUGCUGUAUGGAUCACUCUCUGAAGAGCUUUUUGGUCCUUAACACAGCUGUUCCCAAACCGGGAUGUGAUGUUCUGUGUGAGGAUGCUCUCCACAGCGCCUGUAUAGAAAAUCCAGAGGAUCUCUGAAGAGACCCUGAACUUCCUCAGUUGUCGUAGGUGAUACAGGCGCUGCCUAGCCUUUUUGGUCUGGACCUGAAUGUGGGCAGACCAUGUCAGGUCUGAGGAGAUGUGGACACCGAGAUACUUGAAGGACUGCACCCUUUCCACUGGAGCUCCAUUGAUGAUAAUGGGCUUGUAGUCUCUGUGCUGACUCCUUCUGAAGUCCACCACCAGCUCCUUGGUCUUGCCGACGUUCAGCUGGAGAUGGUUAUCCUGGCACCAUGAUGCCAGAUGGACAGGUUUUUACGUCUCAUAAAUCUGAAACACCACGACGGCCCAGCUUUGAAAUCUUCAAUAUUAAUUUCGCAGAUGAUUGUUUUGGCUUUCAGUCGGAUCUGUACAGUGAGAACACCUCGGCCACCUGCUCUCUGUGUAUUCACCCAGUCCUCCAGGACAUUUUCAAGUUCAGGCCACCUGCUUUUAUAUCCUCUGAAAGCUUUUCUCGACUUUUGGCAUUGCAUGAGCUCUUCCCGCUGCCGCCUCCAACGUCUCACCAUAGAUUCAUUGACGCUAAGCUUGCGUGCAGCAGCGUGGUUUCCUUCCUGGAUAGCAAGAUUGAUGGCCUUCAACUUAAAACUCAUACAAACUUCUUUGUGUGGUUUCCACGAUAAAGGGGCGAGGAUUUGAAAAUAAUUACCAGUUGGUAAUUUGUUGUGCGUGUUCUGUCUGCUAAAGAAGAAGUAGUAUAUUCUUCUUUGCAUUGAUUUUUCGUCUAUCUUGUUUUUGAUUCCAAUUCCGGUGAGAGCGCCCCUAGCAGUGGAAGAAAAAUCCACAGAAUAGCCGCGCCUUUGUAUAAGCCUCAUGGUUCAAAACCUAGGAAAAAAGUAGCGGCUUAUAGUCCAGAAAAUACGGUAAUGGUUCUGCAUAACACUUCCACUCUAUGCGUGGUGACUCUUGUUAGCCUGGCUCUAACCAAUGGGAAAAAGAUCAGUUGCUGCCAUACAUUUUCCCUCCUGCUUCCGAGUUCAUAUACAAUUGGGUUUAAUUUGGGAAAGUCUUCAUAAAUAAUGCAAAGCUAAGAAGAAUUGUUUUUGUUUUUUUGUUUUUUUUUUAAAUCAGUGGCUGUUUUUGUCAAAAUUAUAUUAUAAAAUGUUUUUUUUCUAAUCACCUCCCUGAAGCUAUUAGCAUUUUUGUUAUUCCAUACUGUGUGUCUGUGUGUGGAUAUUGGCAUUUUACUGCAGUAUUGAAAAUAGCUUGUAUUUGUAGCGCUACUCAUCUUGAUAAAGCCAGUAUUGCUUUUUUUUCAUGUUCUAUUCACAUACCACUGUUUUGAUUAGCUGUAAAUAUAUUUUCUUUCUAUUUGGGUGGACUGUCAUAAAAUGUGAAGGUGUUUCUGUACAGUAAGCAUGUAUGGAAAGGGUUCGAGGAUGGCAUCUGCUUCCUAAGGAUCUACUUUUUUUCAUGUGAUACUAUUUCUCUUGUAAAUUAUUUAUGUUAACACUGCUUUGAUGUGUUCUUUCUUUUUCUUUUUCUAGAACAACAGUAGAUCUCAUAUGGCUCUCCCUCCAUGUACAGCUGUAAACCUGUUGGGUACCAUAUUAUAUAAAUCAGCCUUACCAUUGAUGUGUUUGCUUCAUUCAACUGUAACACCACUGGUUUAUAAUGCAGAUAGCACAAAUAAUAUUAAUAC